AUGGCUACCACCACAGACCUUUCUUGGUUCCAGGUUCUCUCUCGAGGCCACUCCAAGAAGGUCAUCAAUGCUCAACCACAACGAGCCAAAGAUGACAAAUUCAAACUGGUCCCUGAAGGUCUCUACGAACAUGACGAUUUGAAAGCCGAGGUUCUUACUCGCAAGGCGGCCGUCAUCCUCCAACAGGCCUUGACACCUGGAUCUGUUUUGUUUGCGUUCCCAAACAAAACAUUUGAUCAUCCCAGCAGGCAGGGCAUCACUUAUCAGAACAUUGUAUUCAAGGCUACUGCCGCCAAGGACAACAGUGAAGGGAGACUCACUCAUGCUCAGAUGACAAUUGUCCGCAUGACAGAUAUGGAGACUUUCGUGGAGGAUCUGCAGAAGUCCCUCAAGUUCUAUGGUAAAGUGUACCAGAUCAAGAAAUACACCAUCGACGGUUUCUUUGAGGGUCAUAUCAGCUUUUUGAUCGACACUACUGUCAACUACAGGAAUGCAGAGGGCAAGGAAUAUGACAUUCAACCAUUAAGCAGAAUGAUGUAUCUGUCAGCUUGGGACGUCUAUGUGCCUGCCACCUACCGCGGUGCACCACCCGUGUGCCAUUUCUGCCGCCAGAGUGGCCACAUCCGUGAUGCCUGCCCUGUCCUGGCCAAACGCCAAUGCUUCAAGUGUCGUAAGCUGGGUCACACCGCCAGGUUCUGUCGCGAGGAGGAAACCACGUUUGAGGAUGCCCUCGAGGAGUACGAGUCGAGUAAGAAGGCCAAUGAGGAGAACAAUACUGUCGAAACUCAACGCCGUCCCAAUGAUGGAGAACGCAAGAAGCGCCGUGGAGCCACCCACACCAUCCAUGAUCAUGUAGCGCAACAACUGCAACGCCAAAUCACAGCCAGCCAGUCAACCGCUUCUCAUGGCAGCCAGAUCAGUAAUGCCGAGUCGUCCGCAAUGGAAGUCGAUCCCAAGACCCUGCAACGCACUCCUCAUGGUAGCGAUGCUUCCAAGCAUGCUCCACUAGCUUCGUCUUUGUACAUGCAUGUGGAUUCUCAGGCAAGUGUCGCCAGCGUUUCCUCUCUCAAUGGUUUUCAGUCUGAUGUGCUCCCUCUCCGCCGUCAUUCUAUGAGCUCGACGUCCAUGUCGCAGACUCCAGUGUAUCAUGCCGCCCAUAGGGCUUAA